CCUCCCCUGCCCGCCAUGGAUCCUGAGAGCUCUGGAGGGAUUCUCCCCACUCAGACUGGACCUCAGCAACCACAGCUCUUGGCUGAUGCUGGAAUGAGGCCUUCCAAGUCAGGUCCGCUGAAGAGAUUUUAUAAGGGGGAGCCGUUGGCCCUGGGGAUCACUCAGAUACUUAUUGGUAUCCUGUUAAUGGCUUUUGGAAUCAUGAUCAAUUUCCUCGGAGGCUCUUACAGACCACCGUACACGCAACUGAGGAUACCAUGUUGGACCGGACCUUUGUUCAUAGUUUCGGGAUCCCUGUCUGUGGCGGCUGCCAAGAACCCCAAGAUUCCACUGGUGAAAGGCAUGCUGGGAGUGAAUGUGGCGAGUGCCGUGGCAGCCGGCAUCGGGCUGUUGUUCUUCGCUACUUCCAUGGAUGAAUUCUUGCCGUGGGCCCAUCGCUGGGACCGUGGCUGCUCAAAUCUGAAUCGAGAAACAUAUAAACUCUGCUACGAAGCGAAUGUCAUCAUUUGGAACAUCGAGUCUGGAGUGAUGAUGAUUUUACUGGUGUUCACCAUCAUAGAAUUGGGCCUCGCCAUCACCACCGCAGCCUUUGGGUGUGCCACUGUGUGCCGAGACACCUACAACGAACAGGUUGUGGUGAUUUACCAGAACACAGCCCAGGACAACACAGUCCGUUUCCCAGCUGCUGGUGGGGAUGCUGAGACUGUCUGAAUGGCCAUUCCUUCCAUUCAUCCCUACCACAAGGCUGUCUCCUGUCUCCCCUUCAUUCCGUGGAAACCGGUAACCCUGCCUUCCACACACAAGUAUUUCUAACUAUUUUGGGCAUUGCGCUCUCUUUCUGCCACAUGUUGGGAAUAAAUU